ACGACGAAGAAGUUGAAGGCAAGGCGAACAAGCCACAAGCGAAAGUAAAACCUUGCUAAACGAUCCCCCUUUUGGCCAGAACCGAUUGUGUAUACGCUAUUGGAUGUCAGAUUGGAACCAUGGCGACAAUGCUGAGGUUCGCCAAUGUCUCGAAGCAGAUCCGUGCCGUCCGUCUGGCUUGGGUUCACUCCGUGCCGAAACCGAGCGUGAACGACGCAACAAAAAGGGUACAUUUUUGCUUCCGGGUGACAAGUGCCGUUCGUUGUCCAGUUGAACUGGUUCACUUCAACGCAUUCCAAUGCUCAUCAUGGAGAAAUAAUCGUGACAUUUGCUCGGACUUAAAAUGGUUUCCAUUAACAGUUGACACAGAAAGGCGUAGGAGAAUUAUCCAUAUGUCGGCUUCAAGACUGGAAGAGCAGCCCUCUCACAACAAAAAUGAGCUGACAGAGGCAGCCUAUGAGAAGCUGGCCGAUGAGACGCUGGAUGCCCUGGCUGAUUACUUUGAAAACCUAAUGGAUGAACCUUUCACUGGACCUGACUAUGAUGUUGUGUUCUCUAGUGGCGUGCUGACAGUAAAAGUGGGGGGUGACUACGGAACCUACGUGAUCAACAAGCAAACUCCAAACAGACAGAUUUGGUUGGCAUCUCCGACGAGCGGUCCAAAACGCUACAAUUGGACAGUUCAUGGUUGGGUCUAUAGUCAUGAUGGCAGAAGCCUGCACCAGCUCCUGUCUGAAGAGUUUUCCGCCAUAUUCAAAAAGAACAUGGACCUCGUCGACCUUCAGUAUUCCUGAUACGCCAAUGCUUAUGCUGUCCUGUUAUUGCUAGAGUUCUAAAAACAACAAAGAGUAAAUAACAUCAAACGUUAUUUGAGCAUCUGUUUAUAAUUGCAGUGGACAGUAUUCAUAAGAUGGACUGUUAUCUAGAUGCUGCCAAGUGUGCUUUUAAGGAUGCAUUUAUGUUAUUUCGGACAUUGCACAUAUAUGUCAUGUCAUAUUGUGGUGUAAAUAAAUGGGCAAUCUCGAUGGAGUUUGCACGUUCUGAA